AUGAGGAUAUUGUUCGAAAUUUGGAUGGGGACUUCUUAUUUAAAUUUAAGUCCUUCGGGAAUAGCAUAAAGAAAAAAUUAAAGAAAUUUUAAAUCUUAUUUAUUAAAUCGGAUUCAAAUGUUAAGGUACGCACCAUAUUAGGAUCAAAACAGACCAUCAUAAAACGGACUUCAUGUUUCCGAUUUGGAGGAAGGUAUAACAGAGGAGUAAUUAUAUGUGGAAUUUAGAAAGUUUGGAUAAAUUAGCUUCGUAAAAUUGCAUAGAUAUCCUUUUAUCGGAAAGUCUAAGCACUAUGCUUUCAUAUAUUUCUCGUCUCAAGAAGAGGCUCGUAAAGCAAAGGAAGCGAUGAAUUACAAAUAGCUCUUAAGAGAGCCAAUGCGUAUCACUUACAUCUAAGAAUACGAGAAGGAUGCUAAUUUAUUCUUUGCAGGCUUCGAAUUGACUGUAACAUUAAAGCAACUUGAAGAAUUCUUCUUAAAAUGGGGGCAAGUUGUCAGUGUGAAGUUGUCUACUGAUGAGAAUAAGAAAAGUCGAGGUUAUGGAUGGGUGUAAUUUGAGAAGAAGGAAUAAGCCAAUGAAUUGUUGGCUGAGAGUACAGAUGGCACAAUCGUAUACAACGAAAACACUAAGAUCAUAAUCAAGAGAUUUGUUAAGAAAGGCCAAACAGACAGAGAGGAUAAGCGAAACAAUCUCUAUAUCAAGAACUUCUGGCCAACACUCGAUAAUUAUGAUUUAGAAAACGCAGAAGUUCGCGAAUCCUUAGAAAAAGAAAUGAGAGAGAAAUUAAAUGAGUGGUUCAAGGGUUAUGGAUAAAUUGUUUCAAUCCUAGUCAAAAUUGAUGUUGAAAGAAAAGCACCAUUUGCAUUCGUUAGUUUCAAUAGACAUCAAGAUGCCAAGGAGGCCUAAAGAGAACUUGGUACAACUCAAAAGAGAGAUCCCUUGAGCACCGGUAGAAUGAUGUAUGUUGGAUGGGCUUAGACCAAGACAGAUAGAAAACAGUAAAGAGACAAUAACAUCUUUGCUAAAUAUAUCUAUGCUGAUCAUCUCUCAAGAAAUGUCACUGAAGAAAUGAUCAGAACUACUCUCAAAGAAUGUGGAUAUGGUGAUAUUCAAAUGAUUAGACUGGAGAAAAUGCAAUAAGGAUUCCAAUAGAUCAUCAGAAUUGGAUACAUAGUCUUCGAUUAGGCUUCUGAUGCCAACAAAUUGGUUAAGAAUUUCAAGGAAAACGAAAAGUUUGAAGAAAUCAAGAAACUCUUCGAUCCAAGUGUCGAAACUGCUGGUGGCAAAUACUUCUAACAUCUCUUCCCCCAAUAAUCCUAAUCAAGAGGAUAAAGAAGAAACAAUUAAAGACAAUCACCCAACAGAAGAAUGUAUUCUAUGCCUUAGGGUCCUGCUCCAUUUGGUUAGAGAAUGCCUUUUCCUCCCUACCAAAUGCAAUAGAGAAUGUAGGGUCCUGGAGGAAUGAGAAGACCUUUCCCUUAACAAAUGCCAGGAUUCCCUCAACAUUUCAGACCUAACAUCCCUCCUCCUGUUUAAUAGCCAGAAGCUCAAUAGCAAGCUCCUCCUCAAGCCAUCGUCUUCAAUAAGAGAUAAGAUUUAUUAGAUUUGUUGGCUAAUGUAGAGACUUUCAAAGCCAAACCUUAAGAAGAAUAACUCAGAUAAAUUUAACAAAUGCUCUAUUACAGAAUUAAGGCAAGACUUAGUACUGACACAGAGGCACAUUGGAAGAGAAUAAGUGAAAUUUUGUCAGAUCCCACAAAUUACUCAAUUGAAGAAAUCAUUGAGAUGUUUAAAGAAGAAGAACAGUUCAACUCCUACGUAGAUGAAGCCAUUGAAUAAUUAAAGGAGGCAUCCUGCUGGUGAUCAUUUUAUAAUUUGUUCAUUAAAUAAAUAUUAAUAAUAUCGAUUAAUAUGUAAA